CGCUCCGCAAGGAGGCCGCGCGCGUGGCCAGCUUCGCUUUCACUUUUCCUUCCCUUGCCAGUCCCUACCCCUCUCCCGCCCCGGCCAUGGCCAUGCUCAGGGUCCAGCCCGAAGCCCAAGCCAAGGUAGAUGUGUUUCGGGAAGACCUGUGUGCUAAGACAGAGAACCUGCUUGGGAGCUAUUUCCCUCAGAAGAUUGCUGAGUUGGAUGCAUUUUUAAAGGAGCCGGCACUCAAUGAAGCCAACCUGAGCAAUCUGAAGGCUCCAUUGGACAUCCCAAUACCAGAUCCAGCUAAGGAGAAAGAGAAGGAAGAGCGGAAGAAACAACAGGAGAAGGAAGACAAAGAUGAAAAAAAGAAAGGGGAAGAUGACGACAAAGGUCCUCCCUGUGGCCCAGUGAACUGCAAUGAAAAGAUUGUGGUCCUCCUGCAGCGCCUAAAACCUGAGAUCAAAGAUGUCACUGAGCAGCUCAACCUGGUCACUACCUGGUUGCAGCUACAGAUUCCUAGGAUUGAAGAUGGAAAUAAUUUUGGAGUGGCUGUCCAGGAAAAGGUGUUUGAGCUGAUGACCAGCCUUCAUACCAAACUGGAAGGUUUCCAUACUCAAAUCUCUAAGUAUUUCUCUGAACGUGGUGAUGCAGUGACAAAAGCAGCCAAGCAGCCCCAUGUGGGUGAUUAUCGGCAGCUGGUGCAUGAGCUGGAUGAGGCAGAGUACCAGGACAUUCGGCUGAUGGUCAUGGAGAUCCGAAAUGUUUAUGCUGUGUUGUAUGACAUCAUCCUGAAGAACUUCGAGAAACUCAAGAAGCCCCGGGGAGAAACAAAGGGGAUGAUCUACUGAGAGCCUCUUCUCUCAUUUUGUGACAGCUUGUCCCUGCUUUUUUUGAAUCAAGGACUCCAGGCCUUUCCCCUAACUUCUUCCCGUUGAGGUUUCUCCCUCAGUUUGUCUCCCAGACACAAUAAAUACAGUCAUUGUUGCCCACCA